AUGCCGUCUGCCGAGAUCAUCGACCAUUCUCCUCGCGAGGCCACGCGCUCAUCCCCUAUUCCCACUGCAUCCAAUCUGGUUCUCAUCGACAAUUAUGAUUCUUUCACUUGGAACAUCUACCAGUAUCUGACCUUGGAGGGUGCCACUGUCCAUGUCAUUCGAAACGACAAAAUCACUCUCGACGAACUCAUCAAGAGGAACCCCAGCCAGCUCAUUAUUAGCCCCGGUCCCGGACAUCCUACCACCGAUUCGGGUAUUAGCCGAGAUGCUAUCCGCCACUUUGCCGGCAAAAUCCCCAUCUUUGGUGUCUGCAUGGGCCUCCAAUGCAUCUUUGAUGUCUACGGUGGUGUGGUGAACUCGGCGGGGGAAUGGCUGCACGGCAAGACUUCGCCAUUGACUCACGACGCCAAGGGUGUAUUUGAGGGCUUGGAGCAAGAGAUCCCCAUCACCAGAUAUCACUCUCUCGCUGGAUCUCCCGUCACCCUACCCGAGUGUCUCGAGGUCACUUCCUGGGUCGCCAAGCCUGAUGGAAGCCGCGGCAUCAUCCAGGGUGUCCGUCACAAGCAGUAUACCAUGGAAGCUGUGCAGUUCCAUCCCGAAAGUAUCCUGACUGAGAAUGGCCGUACGAUGGUUCGAAACUUUCUGCAUAUGCAGGGGGGUACCUGGGAGGAUAACGAGCACUUACAAGCAGCAUCAAAAACAGCCAACGGCGCCACGUCGGCCCCUUCCAAGAGCAACAAUAUCCUGCAACAGAUCUACGCCAGCCGCCGCACAGCCGUGGAAGCCCAGCGUGUGAUUCCCUCCCAGAGAAUGGAGGAUCUCCAAGCCGCAUAUGAUAUUGGGGCCGCUCCACCUACGGUUCCGUUCGUCAAGCGCCUCAGUCAAACUCCGUUCGACGUCUCCCUCAUGGCAGAGAUCAAGCGCGGCUCCCCGUCCAAGGGCAUUUUCAACAUCGAUGUUCGCGCCCCUGUUCAAGCUAGAAAAUACGCGCUGGCUGGUGCCAGUGUCAUCUCUGUAUUGACAGAGCCUAAGUGGUUCAAGGGAAGCAUCGAGGAUCUAAGAGCAGUCCGCCGGGUCCUAGAUGGCAUGCCAAACAGACCAGCAAUCCUGCGCAAAGAGUUCAUAUUUGAUGAGUAUCAGAUUUUAGAAGCCCGACUCGCGGGCGCCGAUACUGUUCUUCUCAUUGUCAAGAUGCUGGAUGUAGAAACGCUUGAGCGUCUAUACAGAUACUCUCAGUCUCUCGGCAUGGAGCCUUUAGUCGAAGUUCAAAACGCCGAGGAGAUGACUAUUGCCGUCAACCUCGGCUCCAAGGUGAUUGGCGUCAACAACCGAAACUUGGAGACAUUUGAUGUCGAUUUGGACACAACAGGUCGUCUCCGCAGCAUGGUUCCGGACAACACCAUCAUCUGCGCUCUGAGCGGAAUUAACACGUAUGAUGAUGUCGUCAUGUGCAAAAACGACGGUGUUAACGCCGUUCUUGUUGGCGAAGCCAUCAUGAGAGCGCCGGACGCCAGCGUUUUCAUCAGCGAGUUGUGCUCUGGCAAGACCCCAGCAGCCAAAAAGGAACAAGACCGGCCGUUGCUCGUCAAGAUCUGCGGUACUCGGAGCGCUGCUGCCGCCAAGAAGGCAGUCGAGUCACAUGCGGAUUUUGUCGGCAUGUGUCUCGUGCCUGGUGCGAAGCGUUGCAUCGACAACGACACCGCUCUCGCCAUCUCCGAAGCGGUGCACUCCUUCACCGGCACGACCGGCUCCGAGCCUGAGCCCUCAGUACCCGUUGCAGGUGCUGCCGACUACUACCAGGGCGCGUAUAGUAGGCUCCAAAGCUCUCGGCCCCAGCUUGUGGGCAUCUUCCAGAACCAGCCUCUCAGUGAAGUCCUAGAGAAGCAGAAGCUGUACGACUUGGAUCUUGUCCAGCUCCACGGUGACGAGCCCAUUGAAUGGGCCAACUUCAUCCCUGUCCCGGUGAUUCGCGCAUUCAAGCCCGAUCACGUCGGGCUGGGUCUGCGCGGCUUCCACACUGUUCCGCUUCUCGACUCGGGUGCUGGCUCGGGUAAGUUGCUGGAUGUGUCCAAGGUGAAGGCUGUCCUGGAGAAGGAUCCUAAUUUGAGAGUAUUCCUGGCGGGUGGGCUGAACCCGGACAAUGUCGCCGAGGCAGUGAAUGCGCUAGGCAACUUGGCCGAGAGAGUCAUUGGUGUGGAUGUCAGCAGCGGUGUCGAGGAGGAUGGACAACAGAGUCUUGAAAAAAUAGAGGCUUUUAUUAAAAACUCCAAGACAAUUCGAUAG